UUUGAUAAUGGCGAUGAUGAUGGAUGAUAAAAAAAGAAAGGGAUGCACAGUCAUUACAACAGCAAUGGAGAUGUUUACUGACAAUGGUGAUAUAAUAACAAAAAUCUUCACUCACUUGCCUGUUAAAUCUCUUUUCAGAUUCAAGUGUGUUUCCAAGCAUUGGCUUUCUCUCAUCUCAGAUCCCACCUUCUCUCAAAAACACUACUCCUUCCACCGACCCUCUCCAGAUUCCUCCAUCUCCUCCUUCUUCCUUCAGCCAGCUCCUAGAAUCUUCGACUAUUUAUCGCCCGAAUUUGCUCCAAUUGAUAGACCUAACUCCGGAGUCCCCGAUCCAUCUCUCUCUUUCUUAGAAGAAGGCUUCGAACUCAAGAAUUCCUGCAACGGCCUUCUCUUCUGUCAACGUAAUAUGGGUGAAGAUAUUACCUACUGUGUUUGCAACCCUACCAUCAUGGAAUACAAGCUUCUUCCACAACUUCCUAAAAACAAGUUCAUCUACUGCAGCAGCAUUGUAUUUGAUCCGUCCAAGUCCCCCCACUACAAAGUAGUAUGCGUAUCACGUACAAAACUCAAACAUGUCGGCAUAGAUAUCUAUUCUUCUCAGACGGGGUUGUGGAGAGCAUCAGUAGAAGCUUUCUAUGAAGAUCGUUGGUUGCUCAAUGAGAAGGGAGUGUUAUGGAACGGUGCACUGCAUUGGACAACUCUUCGUAAAUCAUUCGUCUCCUUCCAUGUUGAAAGGGAAUCCUUUUGGACAACGAAGAUGCCUCCAAAAUCAAGCCGAUCGGACUCCCAGACAUGCAGAUAUUUUGGAGAGUCAAAUGGGCAUUUAUACUUUAUAGAGACUGAUGAUAGUUGCAAGACCAUAUUGCCAAUUGAAUUCGAUAUAUGGGAGAUGGAGCAUGACUACUCUCAGUGGUGCGUUAGGUAUCAUGUUAACCUCGAUGCAAUGGUGAAGGCAUAUCCUGAGAUGUUGGUGCCUAGAGUUAUAUACUUCAACCCAGACAAAGAGAAAUACCCAGAGCGCGGGCCGCUUUGUGUUUCAUUUACUGUAUUGCAUCUUCUUCUUCAAGAAAGAGGGGAAGAGGUGUUGUGGAUAUACAUACCUGGAAAGAUCAUCAAGUAUCAGAUUAGAGAUGGAACCUUUGUGGACUACUAUGAUUUGCCACGUCGAACAUACUAUGGCCUUCAUUUUUCCGGGUAUUCAUGGCAUGAUGUUUUUAAAUUCUCGAAUACCCUCUCAUCCGUUCAAUCUUCACAUUCUUUGUGUUAGUGCUCCUGAUGCAUUUAGUAGGAUGUGAUGUAUUCAAUCCUUAUGAUGGAAUAUGCAAUUUUGCAAAAUAUUCCCAUAAAGACGAAACAUGCUAUGUUUAUAAUGAAGUUAUAGAAAAGAUCAGUUUUUGAAAAUAGUGGUUAAAUUGUAAUUUUCAUGUUACCCAAGCACACCUUAAUGAAAACAUUUUAUGAUAAAUAUAUACGUUCU